AUGCAUGGAUGCACAGUACGUGUGUAUAAAUCCCACAUGUUCCACACUGUCAAGUCUAUCACAUAUUGCACUAUGCGAUAUUUCUGUAAACAAUUAUUACUUAACACGCGGACGGGCACCAAAAGGACACUGACACAGUUAACAAAUGUAUCAUCAGCUUUAAAACGUAGGAAUAUGGUGGUUUCCCGUACAACGACUGAGUGUAAAGCAACCCUGUCCAGCAAAGGGGAUUACGUCCGCAGUAAGUCCGCCUUCCGUGAUUGGAUAACGGCGGAUGGAUCGUCUGGGUAUAAGGCAGAGUCCGGGCGGUAUCACCUGUAUGUCAGCCUAGCCUGUCCCUGGGCUCACCGUGCCCUGGUCGUUAGGAAACUCAAGGGGUUGGAACACGCCAUCUCUUAUGACGUUGUAGAUUGGUUCCUGGAUGUAGAAGGAUGGUCUUUCACAGACAAGAAACCUGCAUGUACUUUGGAUACAGUCAACCGUUGCUCACAGUUACGGGAAGUAUAUCAUAUAGCUAACCCAGAUUACGACGGCCGUGUCACCGUUCCCGUCGUGUGGGAUAAAGAAAAGAAAACAAUUGUAAACAACGAGUCAAGCGAAGUAAUCCGGAUGUUAAACUCAGAAUUCAAUGCUUACAGUGCAGCCGAGGAACAGCGGAAGUUGGAUUUGUAUCCUGAAAACCUCCGGAAAGACAUCGAUGGAGUAAACGAAUGGAUUUACUCGAUGAUCAACAACGGGGUAUACAGAAGCGGUUUUGCUACAACUCAAGAGGCUUAUGAUGUAGCAGUGCGGGAGUUGUUCCAGGGUCUCAAUAAGGUAGACGAAAUCUUGUCUAAAUCCCGCUAUCUAACCGGAAGUGAACUGACAGAAGCAGAUAUCCGUCUAUUUACAACUCUUAUUCGGUUUGAUUUGGUCUACGUCGGACAUUUUAAAUGUAACAAGAUGAGAAUUGUCGACUUCCCUAAUAUUUGGGGAUACUUGAGGGAUUUAUAUCAGAUCCCAGGGGUGGCCGACACCGUUAACUUCGAACACAUCACUAAACAUUACAUGACGAGCCACGCCAUGAUCAAUCCGACGAGAAUUGUAUCCAUUGGACCUGAUAUCGACUUCACUACUCCACACGGCAGAGAAAGCCAUGUCAGAAACUUAAAACAGACGUAAAAAUAGCCGUAGAUUUACAAAUUCGAAUUCUUCGCCACUUCAGACGACAGGAAUGCAAUGUGAAAAGCUGCUGAAAACAUGAUACAUGAACUAUCUAAUUACUUCGUAAUAAAUUACAAAGAUUAUACAGCUGCUACCUCAGUCUAUAUAAUGUUUCGUCAAUCAACGCGAUGACUAGUACUGGUACAUUUGAAGAUUCAUUGGUGUAUCUACGUUGAUAUCAACACAUUUAUAGAAUCUAAUGACAAUCACAUAUGCUCUAAUUUUUUUCACAAACGGUAUGGCAGAGUCGUAAUACUAAUCCUAAGCACUUAACCAAUCAGAUUGAUUUUCUCGUACGAGCGUUUGAAGUGUAAUAAAACAGGAUGACGGUAGUCCACUAGACGCGAUGAUUGGGAAGGGUUUUUACCUGUACAAGAUCUAAGGAAGAUCUAAUAUAUAUAUUGAAAGUUCAUAGUAGUUAAUUAUACUUUCAUUUCCAUAAACGUUUUUAUAUAUAUAUAUACAUAGUGUUUCGUCUAUUUGAGAUGCUAAUAUGUAUGAGGUGAUAUAUACAUAUUUUCUUAUAUAUUUUGUUACUAUUGUAAUUAAACAAUGAAACGAA